AUGAUUAUUAAAAAAUGGAAAAUAUUAGCUAUAUUUUUGGGAGCUUAUUUAUUAUGUGUGAUAGGACAAAAUAAUUCAACAACAUUAACAAAUACAGUAAUAGUAGAAUCAACAACUUCUAUAAAUUCUAAAAUUCAUAUUAAUUGUCCAUUUCAUACAAAUUAUUGGUUUAAAACUUCUAACAAUACUACAUCAAUAUUUUCAUCUCUUAUAAAUGGUUUAUUAACAACAAUGGAUACAAUUGCUUCUCCACUUUGUUUAGCAUAUUGUUAUAUAACUUCACUUUAUGAUUCUUUUUCGAAUAUUCCAAAAAAUUAA